AUGAUGGAUGAUCAAGAUCUGGGAUUCUUUGCCAAUUUUCUCGGCGUCUUCGUCUUUGUACUGGUAAUUGCUUACCAUUUUGUAAUGGCUGAUCCUAAGUAUGAAGCAAAUUAACGAUUCUUCUUCCUUAAUUUACUCAUGUACCCAAUAGUUUCUUUGUAAUUGCCGAACAAAUUUUGACAGUGCAUCUUUUUAUCGAUGUAAUUUUUCAAUAUAUCUAGGUUUUAUUACUUA